UUAACAUGGAAAAAUAUGUUUUAAACAGCAAAUUACUUCCCCUAAUGGGAAGAGGGCCCCAGAGAGCAUCAAUGACCCUACCUAGGUUCACCCUGGGGUGGGAGCUAUCAGACAAUAAUUCCUUCCCAGUAAGGUUUGCAGCUCACUGGCCAGGUGCACGGGCCAGCUGCAGGGCUUCAUGUGCCCUGGAACAACCUAAAAAGUGUCUUUCCCAACUGUCUCGGAGGCAUGCUGUCUCAUGAGACACCCUCAGCACCAAAGCACCUAAGGAUGCUUGUAUAUGGCAGUGAAUGCUGGGACAUGCCCUGGGAUCAAGUUGAACAGCAAGAGAAGAGAAAAGCACCCAGGCAGCCCAGGCCAGUGCACCGUCUCCAUCACUAAGCACCAGCUUCCUCCAUCCUAGUGGUGGGGAAACAUGGACGCUUGCAGAUAGAAAGCUGCACACAGGAACUGGUGGGCAUGCUUAGAUAAGCCUUGCAAAAUCUUCUUAGAGGGCAUGCGCCCCACCGACAGCCCCAGGGUCUUGGCUGGCCCAUCUAACUGGCUGCAUCAUAAAGAAGGAUGUUCUUUCCAAGGCAUCCCUCUGCCAAAGUUGUCCCCUGGAUUCACAGAGCCACUGGUUUGGGAAGCUGAGCUGCAGUGCAUCCAGAGUUACAGCUCAGUUCUGAGACACUAGAGGUGCUCACUCCUGCAGGCGGGCUCUGCAGAUGUGGAGGAGGUUGGCUCCUCCUUGUACCCUGUCCCAUCUAGGCAAUGCUCUCAGCUGAACCCAGCAAAGACCUGGCGCUGGCCGUUGUAGUUGGCCGGGGUUUGGUACAGGGGAUGGUAGGGUUGAGACCCUGGCAAGCGUCAAGCUGGCAUCGCCCUGCAGCCCCCGGCCCCCCCACCUCAUGUCUGAUGGCUUUAACACCCAUCCUGUCACAGGCAAGAAGGGCCCCAGAAGCUGGGUCCUUUCCCAUAGGCCUACUGGAGAGGUCCCAAGGAGCCAUUCUGAUGUCAGGAGACAUCACAGCCAUACUGGAGGGUGCCCCCACACCCGCCAGUGCAUCAAACCCUCCAGGGACAGGAGUUAUGGGGCUGCAAGUGAGCCGACCUUGGGUGCUGGUGCACUCUCCUUCCCACGAUGCAAUGGCCCUGGGGAAUGACCACGCACAACCACCAGAUGUCAAAGUGAUGAAGCAGCCCCAAACUCCCAGUGCUACACUGGCAAGGGGGGACCAGGACAAUCCAGAGGUUCCAUGGCAGCUGGCUCCCCCAGACCAGCCCAUGAAGACUGUGGUGAGUGGAAUCCCUCUUCUGCCACGGCCCCAAUCCUGUGCUGGAUACUGGGGCUCAUCUCCUGGCAGAAGGGGAUACUAUGCACCCCUCACAUGGCCAACCUGGGGAGACACAUCACUUCCUGCAGUCUCUCUUUCCCCCACCUCUGCCCCGCUCUGUGUGGGUUUGCUCCCAGGCCAGGGCACACUUUGCCAGCCGGUUGCUUUAGAUUCCUCCAAGUGACAGAAUAGCUACAGGGCUAUUCUGUCUAUGCACGGGGCAGUAUUUAGGUGCAGAGACAUCGCCUGGCAAAUAAGUGUGCCUGCAGACCCAGGAGCAGCCACGCUGUAUCUGUGCCUGAGAGCAGCCAAAGUGGCUGCCCAAGGAAGUAUGGGUGACACCUCUCUCACAUAUGCUCCUCACCUCUAGGGAUUUGCAUCUCAGCAACUGUCCCAGAGGUUAUUUCAAUGGAUUUAGUAACCUUCAAGAGGUUGUUUUUCCACUAACUUGCCUGGCUGCCUCUCAAACACAAUUCUAGCUUCCAAACUCCUUCAACAAGGAGUCCCACCAGUAGAUAUGACUAGGAGAAAAACCACCACCUUUGAUUCAUUUUGAAGCACUUCCAAGUUGCAUUCAAUCCCCAAAUUUUGUCUUGGACUAUGAGGAAGCAUUCCUCUUCUGGUCUGGAUCAGCCCCAGGUUGCCAAUGUGUGCCAUGCUCCCAAAGGACCCCAUGCUCUGUCCCUGCAGCAGGAACCUCAUGCCAAUGCAGCUGUGGCCAUCCAGGCUUGGUGGCGUGGGCAGCUGGUCCGCCGGGCGCUGUGGCAGGCAAUGAACAGCGUGCUCAGCAUCCAGGCCUGGUGGCGCAGAACCAUCGCCCGGCAGCAGGAAGAGAGGCGGCUGCAGGCGCUGUCGGCGUACUUGAGGCUUGAGAGGGCAAGUGUCAUCCUCCAGGCCCAUGCCAGGAUGUGGAAGGCCAGGACCCAAUACAAGAAAUACCAGAAGGCAGUUCACACCAUUCAAAAUGGCUGGGGGAAGAGUACAGAGCCGGGGGCACUGGCCAGCCAUAACAUAGAGGAUGGUGUGGACCUGAAUAUCGAGAUAAUCAUUGGCUAAGGAACUCCUGCUACAGCUCGCAUGCUUUGGCAAGUCACAGGAGGGGAAUAAAGUACUUCCCAGCCUGGCCAGUGUCCAAUUCAGAGGGAAUGAGUUUGCCAUGGCCCAAGUUGCAAAUGCUUCUGCUGAGGUGCUGGUGUUGGGCAGGCUCAGCAAAGUCCUGCACAGCCUGAGAUGGGGGAGACCUCAAGGGGUAGCCCAGGCACUGGCAGGGCUGCUGAUCUCCAAAUUAGUAGCUAUGUUGGUCUGGGAACACCAUGGUAGAGAAAUAACCCCUAGUGAAAGCCUCAUGGCUCUCCCAUCUGAUGGGCCAUCAUCCCCUCCAAAGCCCAGGGGGCACAGUAUAACCUCAGAGCAGGCAGGCCAUGAUGGCAGCAAGGGGCUGGUGUUGCAGGGUGCAAGAGAGAGGUGGGUGGCUAUACCCGCCCUGUAGACCUGUAACUAGGUUACCCCCCCACUGCCAUUUCUACCAACCACUCAGGCCAAUCUGAGACCCUCUUGCCUGCAU